AACAAAGCAGAAAUGAUUGCAGGAAAGGAUAUUUACAAUGUUUUAGCAGCCGUAGUUCCAUUAUAUGUAGCUAUGUUCCUAGCAUAUGGUUCAGUAAGAUGGUGGAAACUUUUUACACCGGAUCAAUGUUCUGGAAUCAAUCGCUUCGUAUCGAUUUUCGCUGUUCCUCUCCUUUCGUUCAAGUUCAUUUCUAAUAACAAUCCUUACAAGAUGAACUAUCUUUUCCUUGCUGCCGAUUCUUCACAAAAGGUGGUGGUUUUAGUUGCUCUUUUUCUGUGGAAUAUGUUUGCACCUGAUGGAAGCAUCGAAUGGGUGAUUACUUUAUUUUCUCUCUUGACGCUGCCGAACACUCUUGUGAUGGGCAUACCUCUUCUUGAAGCUAUGUAUGGUGGUGGUGAUUCAGGAGCUUUAAUGGUCCAAAUUGUUGUUUUACAAAGUAUUAUUUGGUAUACUUUGAUGUUGUUUAUGUUUGAAUAUAGAGGAGCUAAAUUGUUAAUCAGUGAACAAUUUCCCGGAACGGCUGGGUCGAUUACUUCCUUGAGGGUUGAUUCGGACGUAUUUUCACUUAGUGGGAGACAACCAUUACAAGCGGAAGCCGACAUAUCUGAUGAUGGAAAACUUCAUGUUGUAGUAAGACGUUCAACGUCCUCAAAAUCGGUCAUUUCCAUGUACGAAAACUCCUACAGGUUAAACUCGACGAGAUCGAGAGCAUCAAAUCUAACAGGAGUUGAGAUUUAUUCGGUAAAUUCAUCCAGACAACAUACACCAAACCCUUCAAUCAGUUUUAAUCAAAAAGAAUUUCACGAGAUGUUCAACUCGAGUAAAAUGUCUGGUACAUAUGGGGAUACAAAUGGUUUUCAAGGUAACGAUGGAGACGUAUAUUCGCUAACAAAAUCAUCGUAUUUGCAUGAAAAAUUAAAGGAUGGGAACAGUAUGCGCAAUGAUAUUAAGAAGAAAAACUUAGGAGGAAGAAGUAUGAGUGGAGAGUCCUUGAACAAUGUUGGCAAUAUGAACAAAGAUGUUGACAAUAACAAAGACCUUCAUAUGUUUGUUUGGAGCUCUAAUACUUCUAUCAAUUCUGCUUCAAAAGGAGCGCAUAAUUUAGAUGACUAUGAGUACGAAGGUUCAAACACGGCGGAUGGAGAUCUGAAACAUGUGGAUUUGGAAAAAAAUGGUCCAAGUUUUCCAAUGAAGGGGCCACUUUUGACAAUGCAAAAAUCGGAAGGGAAUGGGAGUAAGCAUGAAAAAUCAAUGGGUGCUCAUAAAAUGCCACCAGCAAGUGUUAUGACUAGACUCUUUCUGAUCAUGGUUUGGAGAAAGCUUAUCAGAAACCCGAAUACUUAUUCCAGUCUUAUUGGUGUCAUUUGGUCUCUCAUUUGUUUCAGGUGGGGGAUCGAAAUGCCUACAAUCAUAAAAGAAUCGGUAUCCAUAUUAUCGAAUACAGGACUCGGAAUGGCUAUGUUCAGCUUAGGUCUGUUCGUGGCAUUACAGCCUAAAGCGGUAGCUUGUGGUAUACCCAUGGCUACAUAUUCAAUGGCUGUGAGAUUUUUAGCUGGCCCAGCCAUAAUUGCAGCAACAUCCUUGGCCGUCGGUCUUCGGGGAAGACUUUUGCACAUUUCCAUUGUUCAGGCAGCUUUGCCUCAAGCAAUAGUACCCUUUGUAUUUGCCAAAGAGUAUAAUGUUCAUCCGGAUAUACUUAGCACUGGGGUUAUUUUUGGAAUGGUAUUGGCGUUACCUAUUACGAUAAUCUACUAUAUUCUUCUUGAUUUAUUAAAGUGA